GUGGGAUCAUAAUCAUGUCGAAAGAACAAUGAGCGCAAGGUCGCAACGUGGGACCCAUGACACGCCGACGGCCAAGCGGUUUCGUAGUCCGCGUAUCACUGCGAGAAACCAGAAAGCAGGAAAACCACGCAUAACAUACGAUUAUAACGCCGCUAUCAGUCAACCGGACGUACCGAAUUCGCCAGAUUGCAGGGAGAUCGGUCGUGAUACGAUGGUUAGUGGAGUUCCACUUAAAAAGGAAAUUCUAACGACUCACUCGAGAGGACGAGUUAUAUCAAGGAGGAAUUUUCAGAAAAGAUCUCAGGAAAUGAAGGCGAGGUCGGUGAUUCAGAAAAACACGAGAACACGAUCGCCCAAAAGAGGUAAUUGGAAAACGAUCGUCUCAUCUGAUAUCAUUGAGACAGAAAAUCGCGUCGGUAAAGAAGAGAAUAUUACCAACAUUCAACAUCUGUCAAACAUGUCGAGGAAAGAAUGUGUUCACUCGGUAGUGAAUGGCAAAAACAUUUCAUUCAAGGAUAGUGAAGAGGCGAUUGAGAAUGACGAUGAUGACAGUCAAAUGGCACAGGAGAAGAUGAAAAACGAGAAAAAGUCGGAUGAUUAUGAAAGUGCUGCAACGAAAUCACCAGUUAGUCGAGUCAAGGGCAGUAAAAUUCCACGCGCGAGGAUCACCGUUUUCCCAGUUCAUGCGUUCUAUUCGCAUAGGGAUCUUGGAAAGUGAAAUAAAAAAAGGAUCGUCUAGUAGCAAAGAAGAACAAAGUACCUGCAGACAAGCUGUGGUACCUUUCGACGAAUUGCAAAACGAUACAAAGUACACGCGA